UUGACUCCGGCGUGGCUGCGUGCAAACGGGCCACGCCUCGGCGACACCAGCUGUCAGAGACACGCGGGGGUCCUGAGGGCUGGGAAUUGGCCGCACUCGUUGACCCCCAGUCUCAGUCCGCACUCUGUGAGAAAACCCUCGCUUUGCCGAGGCCCCAGGUAUAGCGGGGCUCGGCAAAGGAGACACCCUUCUCGGUCCCCAGCCCAAUCCCAGUGCCCCUGGCUCGGACGACGUCUAGAGGCCCCAGAGUGGGUGCUCAAGCUCCCAGAGCAGCAGGUGUCCAGGCGAGGCCUCCGAUUUCCUGGAGACGUCUUGCCCUCCACAAAGGCCCCGGGCCGAUUUCGGAGCCGUCGAUCCCGCGCCGCUGGAAACCGCGCCACCUUGCAGCAUGGCCACCAGCCUCGGUGCCGACGCUCCCCUGCAGCCGAGCGCGCUGUCGUCCCAGCAGACCACGCUCCUGCUGCUCCUUUCGGUGCUGGCCGCCGUGCACGUGGGCCACUGGCUGCUGCGGCAGCGGCGGCGGCAGCCGGGGUCCGCGCCGCCCGGCCCGUUUGCGUGGCCGCUGAUCGGAAACGCGGCGGCGAUGGGCCCGGCGCCGCACCUCUCGUUCGCGCGCCUGGCGCGGCGCUACGGCGACGUCUUCCAGAUCCGCCUGGGCAACUGCCCGGUGGUGGUGCUGAACGGCGAGCGCGCCAUCCGCCAGGCGCUGGUGCAGCAGGGCGCCGCCUUCGCCGACCGGCCGCGCUUCGCUUCCUUCCGCGUGGUGUCGGGCGGCCACAGCCUGGCUUUCGGCCCGUACUCCCAGAGCUGGAAGGUGCGGCGGCGCGCGGCGCACAGCACCAUGCGGGCCUUCUCCACGCGCCAGCCGCGCAGCCGGCGCGUCCUCGAGGGCCACGUGCUGGGCGAGGCGCGGGAGCUGGUGGCGCUGCUGGUGCGCGGCAGCGCGGGCGGCGCCUUCGUGGACCCGCGGCCGCUGACCGUGGUGGCCGUGGCCAACGUAAUGAGCGCCGUGUGCUUCGGUUGCCGCUACAGCCACGACGACGCCGAGUUCCGCGAGCUGCUCAGCCACAACGAGGAGUUCGGGCGCACGGUGGGCGCGGGCAGCUUGGUGGACGUGCUGCCUUGGCUGCAGCGCUUCCCCAACCCCGUGCGCACCGCCUUCCGCGAGUUCGAGCAGCUCAACCGCAACUUCAGCAACUUCGUCCUCGACAAGUUCCUGAGGCACCGCGAAAGCCUGCAGCCCGGGGCCGGCCCGCGCGACAUGAUGGACGCCUUCAUCAUCUCGGCGGGAACCGAGGCGGCGGAGGGCUCGGAGGACGGCGGCGCGCGGCAGGACCUGGAGUACGUGCCGGCCACUGUCACCGACAUCUUCGGCGCCAGCCAGGACACGCUCUCCACCGCGCUGCAGUGGCUGCUCAUCCUUUUCACCAGGUAUCCUGAAGUGCAGGCUCGGGUCCAGGCCGAACUGGAUCAAGUCGUGGGUAGAGACCGGCUACCCUGCCUGGAUGACCAGCCCAACCUGCCCUACGUCAUGGCCUUUCUUUAUGAAGCCAUGCGCUUCUCCAGCUUCGUGCCCGUCACCAUUCCUCACGCCACCACCACCAGCGCCUCUGUCUUGGGCUACCACAUUCCCAAGGACACGGUGGUUUUUGUUAACCAGUGGUCUGUGAAUCAUGACCCAGCGAAGUGGCCUAACCCAGAGGACUUUGAUCCGGGCCGGUUCUUGGACAAAGACGGCUGCAUCGACAAGGACCUGGCCAGCAGCGUGAUGAUUUUUUCCAUGGGCAAACGGCGGUGCAUUGGGGAAGAGCUUUCCAAGAUGCAGCUGUUUCUCUUCAUUUCCAUCCUGGCUCACGAGUGCAAUUUCAAGGCCAAUCCAGACGAACCCUCGAAGAUGGAUUUUAAUUACGGUCUGACCAUUAAACCCAAGUCAUUUCGAAUCAACGUCACUCUCAGAGAGUCCAUGGAGCUCCUCGAUAGUGCUGUCCAAAAGUUUCAAGCCGAGGAAGACUGCCAGUGAGAAGCCACAAAGAAGCGAGCUCGAAUUUUAGAAGUACUCAAGGGGGGGGGAUGGGGAGUAGACUUUGCUAGCUCCUCGGCGCCACUUUCUCAGCCUCUAGAGUGAGCAUAAACCAACUGACCGGCAGAUGAUGUGCUUCACACAUGUGCUCAGAGGAGCGCUGGGCUCUGAAGGAGCUCGUGGAAGGGUUUUGGAGCCAAAGAAUUAAAUGACCGAAUGAAGAAGAGUUUCAGUGACCAUGCCUCCGUGGGUGGGGUCCGAGAUGGAUGAUCCGCUGCUGAAAUCUGCCCCGUAGGAAAAUCGUAGUAAGCAAAGUUUUAGAAUAUAUUGUUGAAUAUGCAAAGGCAAGUAAUUUCAGUGUAAGACAUGGGAUUGAGGGUGAUAAGGGAAAAGGGUAAAGACCAGAAAUUCCUUUCUCACCUCUUCAAUGAAAAAUAGUUUAGGGAGGCUGUAGUAUCUAGGGAUGGAUUUGUCUUUUUGCCUAGUGAUAUGCUUUCUCUUUUUUUUGCAUAAAUCAUAAAGUCAUUUGCUUAUAAAGAAAUUAAUAGUGUGGUUGAUUCAGUGAUUAUAGUAGGCUUCAAUGAUUUAUCAGGAAUUUUAAAGUGUAAGUUGUUAAAUUGUAAAAAAAUUCUAAGCCGAAGUCAUACUUCUGUUGUUGCCAAAGUACAGAAUUUCAAUGAUGAGAAAAAAAAAAAAAAAAGAUUUACCAGCCCAGCUAAGCUUUACAGUAUAUGAUUAUAAUGCACUGAUUUCAGGAAGUUUCAUAGGUUAAAAAAGUCACCAAAUACUAGUCAAUAUAUUUACAUAUAUAAUUAUUCAUAAGCAAUAUGUAUUAGUUAGUAGAUUAUUAAAUAGUAUUAGCUAUUUUGGUUAAGAAAAGUUUGAAUAAUGUACACUUUUCCAAAAGAAAGACCAAUCAAAAAGUACAAUUCAACCAAUUUGGGCUCAAAUACAUGAAAUGAUCCUAUUUUAACAGGAUGGAAACCAAGGUAAAGCGAAGUCCAUUCUCUCAUCUGCAACUUGAAUGAGAACUAAAAAGUCUCAAAAUUGGAUCUCUAAGAUGUGUUCCUUAUUACUUUACAACAUAUUUUCUAAAAUUAUAUUCAUAAUCUAGAAUCUUUUUGUGAAAUCGAUGUAGUUAAUAUGUUAUAAUUCCAAACUCUUGGCAUGCUUAAAUUUUAAUUAGAUUUUAAAGCCAUUCUGAUUGUCGAGUUCCAGUUGAAGUUACUGGAAAUCUGACCAUUAGCCUGGGCAAGGCAGAGAAAUUUAACCUGUGUCUGCCUGAUGAGUAGGGAAAAAUGCAAUGAAUUAUCUAGAUGUUCUCUUUAUUAGAGAACCAGGGGGGAGAUUCCCAUCAUGAUAGGCCUAGUUUCUUAAAUGAUUUUUUAAAAAAUAGUGUUCAUGUCUGUGUUUUGGAAAGUCAGAAUCAGAAGGUAGUGUUAGGAGGCUGUUUUGAAGAUUGCAUCACGUUCCAUUGGAGCCCAUCAGAUCGGGCGCACUGUUCAGGAUGGCCGGCCCGGUGAGCAGUCACUUUGGUAACUGUGAAAACAUGAAGCCUGAAUGAAAUACAUAUGUUCCAUUUAUGUAAAGAGCCUGAAAACCUUAAAAAAAACACACACAAAAAAAUGCAUGAUGGAAGAUGGCAAAAGUUCAAAGUAAAGGUUGGAGCUUUAACUUCCAUUGCAUGUGAACUUGCAGAGGAAGGUGUACCAUGUCCUGAAAGCUUACUGCUUCUUACAUUCUGUUAAGCUUUUUGGAAUCUCUUAAUCAAAAUUACAAAGGGAAGAGUGUCUGAUGGCUGUGCGUAGGGGUGGUGAGAAAAGAGAGGAAAAGGAAGAAAUAUGGUUAAGCUUUUCCCCACUCAUUGCAAAUUAAUUCAUCUGAAGCACAAAAUUUGAAAUACGAACAUUUAGAAAAAUGUUUUGUGGGCCAACGUUAAAUCCCAAGCAGACUUUAAAAAAAUCUACAACACAGAAGAUCAAUUUUGUAAUUUGGAAUUCUUUUAUUAAACAUUUCGUAUAAUUUUAGUCAAUAAGAUCUCAUAGCUCUACCUCUUGAGUAUGUAGAACUGUGUCAGUAUUUUUAAAGGCACCAAAGCCAACUAACUGUAGAAAUCGGGCUUACUCACUACAUUUAAAUUUUUUUGUCACCAGGUCUUCGAAAACGUGAUUACCCUCCACCCCUAAGCAGGGCCGAGACAGGAAUUUUAGGCUGCCCUAGCCCACUUACUCUGAGACAUGUGUGGUACCAAGAGUAAUCAUGUACCAAUCUGGAUGCCUCAUUAAGUCAACCAAGUCCAGAUGUGCUAGAAUCUGUUUGUACGGAUGUAGGCUCAGUUUGUCUGGGACUUCUGGCAAUGGAGAAGCUGUGCUUAUAUAGGAAGUGAGGUGGGCUCUUGGAGGCUACCUGGCUUAUUUAAAUACAACUAGGUUAUUCUAUAUUUUAUAAUCUAGUUAAAGGAAGGAAAGCAAAACCCAAAACAGACAAAUACAAAUAACCAAACUUGGAGGCUACAAUAAUCCAGCUACUGGCUUAAUCAGAAAACCUUAUUUUAUUUCUUCCAGAGAAAGAAUGUAUUUGCUGGUCACUAUUGUAGUCAGAAUAUCUACUCCAGGUUAUGAUGAUAGUUAAAGUAUAUUGUUUCUUAAAUGCUUCCUUUAUAUACUGAAGCUUUGACUUUGCAAGAAGAUUACUUUUUUCCAAACAAAAAGAUGUCUCAGGUUUGUUUUGUGGGUUACCUGAAAGCUUUUUUUUUUUUCUUCUCUGAAAGCUUUCAUGUCUCAGAACUUAGCCUUCACCUGUGAAAUGCUAUUAUGUCCUUAAUAUUCCCUUAUUAGAUCUAUAUUAGAUCAAGUAGUUGCAUAGCAUUUAUAUGAAUUUGUAUGUCCUUAGCUAUGACACACUGUGUGGUACUUUAGUAGAUGUUUAUAGCUCAACGAUAACUUUUUAUUUAACCUUUUCUUAUUUUUGUAUUUUAUCAUGUUUGCUUUUAACAUGUACAGAGCAACUAUCAUACAUAGUUGUAACUGAAAUACGUUUUGGUGACACAGCAUUAACAUGUAUCUUUUACUAUUUCAUAUACCAGAUUAAAAACAUUCUGUAUCUGUAAUUACCUAUAACUGGACACCAUUACCAAAAUAAUAAAAAUCACCUUCAUAA